AUGGAUUUAACGAGUCAACAUUUAACAGAUAAAGGUCAAAAGAAACCUACGGAUCAAAAAAUAUCACCUCCGGUGGCGGAAACAACUAAUGCUCAAGAUAUUAAAAAGGAAAGACAAGCAUGCAGUAAAACAAUACUGGCGGAAUCACAUGCAAAUUGUAACAAAGAAUGUUUAUGGAUAUCACUUAAACCUGCAUCGACCUUUGAAGAAUAUUUUGAGUCAAUACCUAAAGUCUCGUUUUUCUAA